CACUUGGAGUACAGCUUCAGCAGCCCUGGAGCCAGCGCGCUGCUCUCUUUGCGCCUCUUUUUCUUGUUUAACAUAAACUGAAACAGAUGGAAUAAUGUUUGCUUGAAAUAACAGUUUUUCAUCGCUGGAAGGAGAGAAGCUUAAAGUUUUCUCACUUUUGGACUGUAGUUAGGUGCUGAUUUGACAACCUGAAGACGUUUUGCGCAAAGUCUUACCUGGGCAUUAUGAAGAGGUAUCCAGGCUUCUUUCAUUCAUGGGAGAGGAUGCCGACUUGCUGAACUCGUGCAACGCAAUCGCGGACUUUUAUUUCAUUUACUCGUUUUUUAGUGGCUCUCCAUAAAACUAACGCGGUCUCCACUUUUACGCGGUACUUUCAAAACUUUGCAUGCCCAAAAUGGACCGUGCAGGAUUUGCUGUUUUGAUGGUUUUGACUGUUGCACUUGUGCGUAUUGGUGACAGUCACAAGGACACAACAGGUGGGAGGAAAGAGGGUGCAGCAGUAGUCCAGCAGCAGUCCCGGGUGAGGAGUCAAGGUCACUCGCCAAGGGGACCAGAGGACGGUGCAUCCUCCAGACCAUCCGAUGACACUUUCCCUGGGAACAGCCAGUUUAGGACUCUAGUCCGCCUGCCCAGGGGCGCGCCAUCCCAAGGGGAUGGCAGGCACAUAUCCAAAGCAGGACCGGCUCAUGCUGCAGGCGCCUCCCGGGAAGACGUCUCUGCGCCGCGGGAUGGUGAGCUGCGCACCGCCAGACUCCCGGCCAGCCAGCAGCAGCAGCACAGAACCAGAGUGAACCGCAGGCAGAGCAAGCCCAGCUCUGCCAGUACAAGGAGACUUGUUGGGCCUAAUGUCUGUGGAGGUCAGCAAUGUUGCUCAGGCUGGGCUUUGGCACCGGGAACCAAUCGCUGCAUAAAACCUGACUGCCAGCCCCCCUGCCAGAACCGUGGCUCCUGCAGCCGGCCACAGACCUGCGUGUGUCGCUCAGGCUUCCAGGGGCCCCGCUGUGAGGAGGUGGCUCCAGAGCAGGUGUACAUCCGAGAUGGAGGUGCCCUGAGGCGCGUUCAACCCGGGACCAACCCUUUCCAGAGAGACCAACCGCGGAGAAGGCCAUCAGAGAGGCAGGCCAUUGACACCGCCAAGGUCCAGACCCCACGACCUGCGACCACAAGACAGCCUGUGACCCAAGUGAGACGGGGACCCCCUGACUCCUCCCCUCAGCAGACUGGGACCUCCCGCACUGUGAAACGAUAUCCAUCAUCCUCUGGGCCUAUAACCUCCAACGCUCUACCCAGUGGCAAUGGCUACGCAAACGGACACAGCAGUGAACACAGGAACUGGCAUGGAUACAGGAACGGGCAUGGCUAUAACACCCACAGGCCUACCAGCGACAGCCAGCUGCACGGCCAGUACAACAAUGCAUUAUUACCCCCAGGGGCCAACCUCACCUCCAAUUUGGACCGCAUCAAGAUCGUCUUCACACCCAUGGUGUGCCGCAGGGUGUGCAGCGACGGGCACUGCUACAACAACUGUGAGAAGGGAGACAUCACAACAGUCUACAGUGAGACCUCGCAGCAGCAGCACCAGCAACAGCAACAGCAGCCAAAGAACCAGGGCUUCCGUCUCUAUUUCUGUCAGAUACCCUGUCUUAAUGGAGGGCGAUGUAUCGGCAGGGACCAGUGCUGGUGUCCAUCAAACUCAACAGGGAAGUUUUGCCACCUGCCAGCCCCGACUCCUGCCAGAACUGCCCCUAACAAGGAUGUCAGCUCCCAGGGAUCUAAAUCUCCCUCCCACUCUAUGUACACUCUACCACUGUCUAAUCAGCAAGUGUCUCUCCACCCAUCCUUGGUGAACGUCCACAUUCAGCACCCUCCAGAUGCCGAAAUCCAGAUCCACCAAGUUGCUCGGGUCCAGCCUGGGCAGAGACCGGCGACCACAGAUGGGGCUCACUCUGUCCAGCAGCGCUCCCAGCCUGGAAAUGAACAUGAACCCAUCAAUGAGCAAAGCAGCAGGCAGCCACACACCAGUGGGAAUGGGAAUGGGAAUGGGAAUGGGAAUGGCCACACCAGAUCACAAAACCGUCAGAACGGACACAUUGGAAGAUGCUUUCAGGAAACAUUUGAUGGACAGUGUGGCAAGCCCCUGCCAGGCCUAACCAAACAGGAUGAUUGCUGUGGAAGCGUGGGCGCCUCCUGGGGUCUCAACAAGUGCCAAAAGUGUCCGACCAAACCAGACAUCAAUGAGUGCCUGUUGCCCGGACUCUGUAAGAACGCCGAAUGUCUCAACACAAGAGGAAGCUACAGGUGCACGUGUAAACCAGGCUUCAUGUUAGACGCUGACAGGAGCCACUGUGUCUCGGACAAGGCUGUGUCUGACCAGAGGGCGUUCUGCUAUCGAUCAGUGUCAGCAGGCACAUGCUCCCUGCCGCUUGCUCAACACAUCACCAAGCAGAUCUGCUGCUGCAGCCGAGUGGGCAAGGCCUGGGGCCCUGAGUGUGAUCGCUGUCCUUUGCCGGGAUCAGACCAUUUCAAGGAGAUCUGCCCAGCUGGUCACGGGUAUACCUACUCGCGCUCUGAUGUGCAGAUCUCUCUCAGACAGCUGGAGGAUGAUGAUCUGCAGAGCACAGGAGUGUCAUUGGAGGAGCAGAGUCCCACUUACCCUCAGCCUCCAUCCUUUGAGCCCUCACUGUCACUGCCUAGCAGGCCACAUUACCCCAGCUACCCACAGACGCCACAAGUGCCCCAAUACCCCGAGUACCCUGAGACACCUCAAGCACCCCGGGAAACUCUGACUCCACAGCAGCCACAGCAGCCUCUGACACCUGAACAGCCAGAAGAUGUGGAAAUUCUGAUCCCGCCAGCUGUUGCGACUGACUCACCGCUGAAAUAUCCAGAAACUGCUCCAGACUCCUCCAUCAUCUACCAGAGGCCAGAUUUAGAGGAAACAACUCACACAGAAUCAGCCACAGGUAUUGACAAGUGUGCCACCACCCCCGGCAUCUGCGGCCAUGGGAAAUGCAUCCCUGUGCAGACUGGCUACACCUGCCACUGUGAGCCAGGAUUCAAGCUCAGUGCACUGCAGACCAACUGCAUUGAUGUGAACGAGUGUGACGAGAACCCAUGUGAAGGGAAGGGCCGCUGCAUAAACAGCUAUGGCUCCUACACCUGUCAGUGCCACAGCGGCUACAGCCAGGUGAUCACCCAGAACAGGAAGUUCUGUCAAGAUAUUAAUGAGUGCAGCAUGCCCAACAAGUGCCAGAACGGCAUAUGCGUCAACACAGAAGGAUCUUACACCUGUGAAUGCAACAGCGGCUACGCCAAGUCCUGGAGAGGCCAGUGCGAAGAUGUAGAUGAGUGCAGGGAUCCCAGCUCCUGUCCCAACGGUGUCUGCGUCAACACUCCUGGCUCCUUCCAGUGCCAGGCCUGCGGCCCAGGGUUCAGGCCCGUUGAUGAAAGAUGUGUGGAUGUAAACGAGUGCUUGAACCAAACCGUGUGUGGUCGUGGUAGGUGUGUCAACACUGAGGGCUCCUAUAGGUGCAACUGUUUCCAGGGAUAUGAACUCUCACCAGACAACGUUUGCCAAGAUGUGGAUGAAUGUAUGCUCCCCGGAGUCUGCCUCAACGGCCGCUGUGUCAAUCUGGACGGCACCCACACAUGUACCUGUAACCAUGGUUACCAUGUCACCUCAGACAGCGAAGCCUGUGAAGAUGUCAACGAGUGCGCAACUGGUAAUGUAUGCCCUGCGGGAAUUUGCAUCAACACAGCAGGUUCCUACACUUGCCAGAACUGCAGGCCUGGGUUUGAACCCUCUGCUGAUGGACUGAGAUGUGAAGAUGUGAAUGAGUGCGCCCAGGGUGACUUGUGUCUCGGUGGCGUGUGCGCCAACACGGAGGGAUCCUACACCUGCACCAGAUGUAAGGCCGGCUACAGAGUGUCUCAAGACCGUCAGAGGUGUGAAGAUAUUGACGAGUGCCAGUCCCUGUCUACCUGUGCCAACGGGAUCUGUCUAAACUCGGAAGGCUCUUACACCUGUGAGAAUUGUCCUACAGGGUACAAAGUAUCAUAUGACGGGGAGCUCUGUGAAGAUAUCGAUGAGUGUGCACUGCCCACGACAUGCCCCCAGGGAACAUGUACAAACACAGAUGGCUCCUUCACGUGUAUUGUCUGUCAGCCUGGUUUCAGAGUCUCUGAGGAUGGACAACAGUGUGAUGAUGUGGAUGAGUGCUUGGUGGCUAACGUGUGCCCGCGCCAGCUGUGCUUGAACACCCCAGGAUCGUACACCUGCAGGAGCUGUGAAGCCGGCCUGCAACUGUCUGAGGAUGGUUACGGCUGUGAAGACAUUGACGAGUGCCAGACCCCAGGUGUGUGCCCCACGGGUGUUUGCACCAACACAGAGGGCUCCUUCUCCUGCAUGGCCUGUGACCGUGGCUUCACAGUGGCACCCAACGGGCUCUCAUGCCAAGAUGUGAAUGAGUGUGAGGACACCAGCCUGUGUGUGGCAGGCCAGUGCACCAACACCAUCGGUUCCUAUAGCUGCACCUGCCCAGCUGGUAUGGAGCUGGUGGACAGGACGUCCUGCAGAGAUAUCGAUGAGUGUUUAACUGUGGUGGGGAUCUGUGGAGAAGGACAGUGUGUGAACAAUGAGGGCUCCUACACGUGCAACUGUCCUGAUGGAUAUACCACCACCGAUGGAAAGACCGGCUGCCAAGAUGUGGAUGAAUGCAGUAAAGACAACGUGUGCGUCCGAGGCGAGUGUCUCAACACCGAUGGCUCUUUCUUGUGCCUGUGUGAAGCUGGCUUCAAGUUCAACGCUGACACAGCUGACUGUGAAGACCAGAAUGAGUGCAAGGAGUAUGGAAGCUCAGUGUGUGGUACCUGGCGCUGCGAAAACACCAUCGGCUCCUACCGCUGUUUCAUGGGCUGCCAGCCUGGCCUCGAUGGAGAGGACGCCACAGACUGCGAUAUUGAUGAGUGUGUCAAUGACACCAUCUGUGGGAACCACGGCUUCUGCGAGAACACAGACGGCUCCUUCCGCUGCCAGUGUGACCGAGGCUACGCCAACCCGCCGGGAGACAUGAGCAAAUGUGUCGACGUGAACGAGUGCGAGAUGAGCUUGGCGCUGUGCGGGGAGGCCCUGUGUGAGAACUUCGAUGGCAGCUUCCUGUGCAUCUGCCCCAGCGACAAUGAGGAAUUUGAUCCCAUCACCAGCCAGUGCCGCUCCCUGGCUGAUAUGGUCCCGACACCCGCUCCUCAAGUCCCUCCAUCCACUCCCUCAAGUGAUGAGAGGAAGGAGUGUUAUUAUAACCUGAACGAUGCCAACUUUUGUGACAAUGUCUUGUCUCGCAACACCACCAAGCAGGAGUGCUGCUGUACGGUGGGCGCCGGCUGGGGCGACAACUGCGAGAUCCACGCCUGUCCUGUGCCAGGAAGAGAUGAUUAUAACCAACUGUGCCCUCAUGGCAGUGGAUUGUUACCCCUGACUGUUACGUCUUCACAAAAUCUGGGAGAACAGCGCCCUUACAUAGAUGCCAAUGAGUGUGAGAUGUUUGGAUCAGACAUUUGUAAGAAUGGACAGUGUUCGAAUCUCUUUUCUACGUAUACCUGCUACUGUCGCUCCGGCUUCUACUAUGACAACAUCCGGCUUGAGUGCGUGGAUUACGAUGAGUGUGGAUUUGGAACCGCCUGUGAGAAUGGAGUGUGUGUGAACACAGCUGGGUCUUUCAACUGUUUCUGCAGUCCUCCAUUAGUUCUGGACAGCACACGGCGGCGUUGCAUUGGCCUCAACACCACAGAAGAACCUCUAGAACCUGAACACGAUGUGCACAUGGAUAUUUGCUGGCAGCGUCUGGAGGGGGACAACAUGUGUUCAGAUCCCCUCCAGGGACGCAGAACUACAUACACCGAAUGCUGCUGCCUGUACGGCAUUGCCUGGAGUGGACAGUGUGCCUUCUGCCCUCGGAAAGAUUCUGAUGACUAUGCAGUGAUGUGUAACCUGCCUCGGGGAGGAGGUACAGACAGUCUGCGAGAGCGGCCGGGAUAUGAGUACGGUCUUGAGGGGCCAGAGGAUACUGUGGAAUCUUUUGGUUCUCCGUACUGGGACAAUUACGGCAGCCCUGCAGGACCCUAUGACAUUCCUGAAGGCGUUCCUCUCUUCAAUGACUACAGCAUUCAACAGCCACCUUCCCGGGUCCCCAUUACACGACCACGGGAGCAGCAGCCACGACCAGUAGAUUCCUAUGCAGAGCGCUACGAUAGCUUUGAGGGUCUCCGAGCAGAAGAAUGUGGAAUCCUAAAUGGGUGUGAAAACGGCCGCUGCGUCCGUGUGCGAGAAGGCUACACCUGCGACUGCUUCGACGGUUACGAACUUGACCUAAACAAGAUGGCCUGUAUAGACAUAAAUGAGUGUGAGGACAUCAGCGACAAGGUGCCCUUGUGUCAGAACGGGCAGUGCACCAACACAGAGGGGUCGUACAAGUGCACCUGUUCACCAGGCUUCGUGGCCGCGGCAGAGCCCCACAAGUGCAUCCCAGAGAUCCCAGAGUCUGAGGAGUCUGGGCCUGCGGAGGGAGAAAACUGAGACAGACUGCUGGCUUUUCCUGCUCCCUCAAAGAUCACCCUUACACCCCUCUGCCCUUUCCCCCAAGGGCCUGGCACUAAAUCUCCAACAGCAACGCUGAGACGUCCAAACUUGUUUCCCUACGCACACACACAGACACAAACAUACACACACACUCCCUUUCAACACAAAACACACUGAUGUCCCCCUCAUACACACUCAAGAGGACCAGGAAUUGUGCAGUGAAUGUAUUACAUGGGAUUUAGUAUUCACCAGAUAUCCAUUUGCCUUAAAGGGAUUUUGUGGACUGAUCGUUUUUAUUCAGUAACCCCAGGCAAUUUGAUAUGCAGAUAUAUUUUCCACAUUAUUUUCCUCUGUCACUUUCUUUUUUUUUCUUUUUCUUUUUUUUGUUGUGUUAUUUAUUUCAUUUACAUGACGGGCCUCUGCAAACUAAGAAAGCGACCUAUUCUUAGAGGGUGUACUUGAUUCCUCUUGUUUUAUUUGUCUCGCCAAUUGACCUCAGAGACAGUGUGGGGAGAUAAUAAAUGUCUUUUGUAAGAGAAGGAAUGUCAUAAGAAAUCAGCCACUCAUAAAUCAGCUCGUGCCUCACUGUCAAACCUCUCACCAAUUUACUCACUCCGUCAUUAUAAUUAUAGCGUUGACCUUGGACUAAACGGACGCCAGGGUUGAUAAACGUCAGAAAUUCAAAGAGAGAACUUUUUCCCACAACUGCCUUUCUCUUCUGCGAGAUUAACUACGAGCUGAAGUGGAAGAAACCAAGAGGAGUCGACACAGCCAUUAAAACUUCAGCCUUUACGUGGACUUGGAAAGACUGUAGAUGUAUAUGAUGAUCUAUGUGAUGUUUUGGUAAAAGUUGCGAUCGGUAUAACCUGCCUUCCUCCAUUUUUUUCACAAUAUAAACAACAGAAAUGAAGUAGGAAAACAGACUCAGUAGCUGAUCCCAUUUUUUUUCUCUUUAACAGUCUCAACUUGUUUUACACGUCUGUAAAAACCAUAUGCACCAUUUUAUUUGAUUCUAGCCUAACUUCUGAAACCACAGGAAGGUAAGUUAGUUAAAAUCAUCCACAAAUAUCAGAUCUUUAAAUGAAAGAUUAGUUUUACGUACCAGUGCCACACACAGGCAAAAGGAUCCCACAUGUCACAGUAGACCGUUCCCAUGUGUGCAUCUCUGAAUGCAUGUAAAGACACAGGCUUCGUUGGAGAGGUUUGGUAUAUUUUGUACAGAUCUAGUACUAUGUAUUAUUUUGUUACAUAUUCUCUUAAUGCAUUAUAGCACAACCAAUAUUUUGUUUGACAUAAAACAUAAAAUGUAAGAAAAAUCUGGCAUUAUAGCUUUGUAGAUUUAUACAUGUCUGUAAAAAUGUUUUUUUUUUUUUUUUUUUUAAAGCAUAUCUUUUUAUGUAUGAGGAGAGUGGCUGACACUGUACCAGAGGAACUGUGUGUAUACCCUGCCCUGUGGAGCAGACAAUGAAAUAUAUUUUUUGGAAGUGGCAGCACUGUUCUAAUCACAGACAUUUUGUCUCUUCGAGUUCAUUACAAAGACAAUGCUUCGGAAAUGCAAGCGCCAACUUCGUGCGUCACAACUUAACGGCUAAAUAUUAGAAACAUUGUGAACAUUAUUUCUUUUAGUCUCUGUUGGAUCCUUACAUCAUGAAUGUAUCAUAAACAGUAUCAGCCUAUGCAUUCGGUUUCUAAACUCCCACUAAUAGCUUUUUGCCUAUUAUAUUCAGGUUUAAGAUACAAUGGCAUUAUUUGUCUAAUGGAUUGAACUUCUCUCAAGAAAUCUAAGCAGUGCAGACACAUAAAGGUCUAAUUCUAACGUUGAUGACUUACGCCCUUAACAUGCAUUCAUAACCUAUAAACUUACAGUAGCACAGAUGUUUCCGCUUCACUUUACAGUGCUGUUCAAAUCAUCAGCUGAACCGGACCGGAAGUCUAGCAUUUAGGUCAAAGUUGGAAUAUUUAAAGCCUUUCAAUACCGCAAAUAACUUGAGAUAAAUGUCUUGUUGUAAAGCUGUGGUCAUUGGAAAUAUCAUGCUCAUUCAUUUUGUUUACCUCUUGACUGUAAUCACUAUCAGUCAUCAAAAUAAAAACAUGAAAAUUA